AUGUGUCAAAGGCACGGUGAAUAUGAAAAUGAUUUCUAUAGCCAGCUUGAUGAAAUUAUUCAAGUUGAGUAUACUGGGUUACCACUAAAAAGAGUUGUACUAUUUAAAUGUGAAUGGUUUGAUACCACGAUUGGCAAAGGAACAAAGACUAAAGCAAGAGGUGAGAUUGAGAUUGAAACAGCAGAAGAUUUUGCAUAUCAAGAAGAUGCCACAAAUCAAUCUAACAAUCAUAUCUCAAAUGAUAUUGACACUAUUAUUGAUUUAUUGGAUACCAAUAGUACAAGAUAUGAAGAUGAUGAUGAUGAUGAUGAUGAUGAGAUACUUGGGGAUGAGGACGAAGACGAGGAUGAAGACGAAGAUGAGGAUGAAGAUGAAGACGAGGCGAGAACAAUGAGGACAAAGAUCAAUUGA